UUUUUGUGCGAGUCCUCGUUACCAUCGAUCGCGGUUCAUAACGUUCGAUUUUGUUUUUUCUCAGUUUCUCUCUCAAUUUUGGGUUCUUUCAUUUAUCCUACCAUCAUAGUUCCCGCUUAUCUCUGUUCUCUGGAUACACAAAAUGAACCAAACACUAUAAGUUUAUAACUAAAACACUCUUUUUUCUAUACUUUUAAUCAUUUUUAAAUUAUAAUCAAGUUUCCCAGAGAAAACCCUAGACUUUCAUUUAUCUCAUUAUAUGAUGUGAUACCAAGUAUCAACUCCCAUGUAUUGAUUUUGUGUUUCUGAAGUUGACUUGUAAAGUUUGUAGCUUUAUCACAGCAGAAGCAUAAUCCUGACUUGGAAUGGCGUUUGAAGACUUUGAUCCUAUCUUUACUAAACUCAAAGUGGAGCGGACAUCUCAAAGUUCUUCUCCCUUUUUCCUCCAUGUUUAUGCCCCUGAUUCUUCUCACCUUGUGAUUCAUGUCACUAAUAUCUAUGACGCCUGGGAAGCUCGUCUUUCACUCUCCAUGCUUGAGGACAUUAGGGAUAUUGUUGGAAUAGGGGGCUCUUGGUCAGAGUUUGCUGAUUAUUUUAUAACAUCCCUCAAGUCUCAAGAUCUGAAGCUGGUUCUAGAGGCAGAUUCAAAUUCAGAUGAUGUUAGUCAUGCAAAAUUAGUAGCUCAGAAAUCAAAAGGGAUGCCUUUGAUUACUAUUCCUCUUACAAAACUUGUGGACUCAACUUCUAUGGAAGUUAAGUUAAAUUUUUGCUCAAGCCUCUUUGACGCAUUCGAAAUCAAAAGCAUGGAGUGUUCUCUUGUAAAAGAGCAAGAACACUCUGCCCGGGCAAACAUGUUAGAAGCUGAAAAGGGUAGAAAUGAAACCAUCCAACUGGAACAACGGCAAAAGUUUCGGAAGAUUAAUGAUUCAGAUAAAAGUGUUUCUACUGACAGAUUGCAAAACUCUCCAGAUAAGCAAGUGGCUCGGAAUGCAGUUUCUACAAAAGUCAAGAAUCGUGCCAUGCCAGCACAACGCAGGAUCAAAGUAAGAGGGGCCGUCUUGCAUGAUAGUGAUAGUGAUAAAUGAUUUAUAUAACUCGGUUCUCAUUCAAACCAGUUGCUCAGUAGGAAGUGAAAGAAUAAACAAAGAAAGUAGCAUUCCAUUGAAUUUCAGAAUUUUUUUGCUGGGUUUGGUAGAUGGGGAAAUGUGAUGGGAGACUCCGACUAGGAAAUAGAUGAGGCAAUAGGGAUUGUGGCAGUGCAUGUUUUCAGCUAUUCAUGGCGAACGGUGUAAGACACCACUGAAAGAAGAAAAUGUGUUUACUUGUGGGAGUUCACACAGAAGAGAUAAGAAUAGUUGGCUAAUUGCCAUUUGAUGAUAAAACUCACAGGGUCAUAAAAUCUAAACUAACCUUACAUGAUAGUGGACUUGCUUGUAUAUGCCGCAAUUUAAUUAUACAUGCAUAAUCUUAUUGGUUAGUGCUUGUGGACAGCCAGCUUGUGACAAUUUGAUUUUCUUUUCUUAAAAUUUGGGAUAAGGCCUGAAAUUCAUGAUUAGUGCACCAAAAUUUUGUGGUUUAGGUGUAGUGUACUAUGUUUAGAUUAGCUGCUGAAC